CUUUCCCAGCUUCCCUUUCACUUCCUGCUUUCUGUCCACGGCUUGUUUUGAGGCUAGUUCGCUGUGGAUGAAUCCCAUGGUUCCGUCAUCAGCAUGAAAUAAAUUCCAGGUGGAGUUGGUGAAAACUUAAAAGCGACCGCUUUUUUUAUUUGUGAUUAUUGAACGUAAAAAUUAAUAUAAAUGUGAGUGAUUUUCAAGUGAAGGUACUACCUGGCACAACAACAAUGCAGUUCUCUCCCACCAAUGGAGAUUUUACCUUCGUCUCCUCGACUGACGCGGAAGAGCUUAGUGGAACAAUUGAAGCGCCCGAUGUCAAACUCAACAUGGGUGCGGACUCCGGUAAAGAUGCAUAUGCGACCACGUUCCUGAGACAGCGUGGUUAUGGCUGGCUGCUGGAAGUUGAGGAAGAUGAUCCGGAAGACAACAAGCCCUUGUUAGAGGAGCUUGACAUUGACCUGAAGGACAUCUACUACAAGAUCCGAUGUGUUCUGAUGCCAAUGCCUUCUCUGGGGUUCAACCGACAAGUUGUGCGCGAUAACCCCGACUUCUGGGGGCCCCUGGCCGUCGUGCUGCUGUUCUCCAUGAUCUCCAUCUACGGCCAGUUCAGGGUGGUAUCUUGGAUUAUCACCAUUUGGAUAUUUGGUUCUCUGACAAUCUUUCUGCUGGCACGAGUUCUUGGUGGGGAAGUUUCAUAUGGACAAGUUCUUGGAGUGAUUGGAUAUUCUUUGCUUCCUCUCAUUGUCAUAGCUCCCUUGCUUUUGGUAAUAAAGGCUUUUGAAGUUGCCUCUACACUAUUCAAGCUUUUUGGAGUGUUCUGGGCUGCUUACAGUGCGGCCUCUCUGCUGGUGGGGGAUGAAUUCAAAACGAAGAAACCACUCCUCAUAUACCCCAUUUUUCUUCUAUACAUUUACUUCCUGUCUCUCUAUACUGGCGUCUGAUUGGACAGCAGAAUGGUCUGGAACUCUAAGUGGACAUUGGCAGUUAGAACCAUAAUGAAGGACACAAGAAGAUCCACACCACCUACAAAAGGAAAUAUAUAGAUUUUUUUAUACCUGUUUUAUGAUCAUGAUUAACAAGAGGUCAUAUAGUGUAUGUGAAGUCAAUGUAAUUAAAUUUAGCCAUGACCUUUGUAUUCAGUGCACCAUCAAACUAGGAUUUAUUUAAAAGCCCCUUAGUUUUCAGCUUUUCUCAAACUGCUUGCCCUUGCAGUUUGCCUCCUGAAAAGAACAGUACUCUGUUGUUUUGUUACGAUGCUGAUGUGUUCACAGGUAUAAUCGGGCAAAGCAGAAACCGAAAGUGGCCAUUUUAAACUCUUGUUUUUACUAGGUUAUCCUCAUUUGGAGCGUGGUGCCAAAUGUUUCAUUGUGGAUUUAUCACCUUUUUACCAAGAGAAAUAAGGAAGAAUACCAGAAUUUUUGAACUUUUUUUUUUUUUUUUUUGAGGGAAGAGGAGUUUGAGAGUUGUAAUAAUUGUGAUAUACGUUUCAUUAUUUGUUUCCUUUUUCAGCAUCCUGACACUAUCUUACUCUUAAUUUAUGAAUUCCAGCCUGGGUUAGAAAUAGGCAGUUCAAGUUGAAAAUAAACAUUGUCUACUAAA